UUCUGUUCACAUUGUUCAUCUAUUUAAGCAGAACGCUUGGACUUACUUUUGAAGUAGCUGGACAUCUUCUUCAAGAUACCCAUUACCUUAGCAUUCCAAUAUAUUUGUAUCUCCGGUGGCAGCGGCGGUAGUGAUGGCGAGGGUGAAGAAUAGAGCUGCGGCGGACGUGAUGUGGGGGGUGAUGUUGUUGAUGCAGAUGAUGGGGUUGAUCAGGUCGUUCAAUUUCGGGAUAGGAGGAGUCGACGGGCUGAGAAUGGACUACUACUUCAUGUCCUGCCCCUUCGCCGAGCAGAUUGUCUGGAACUCCGUCACCUCCGCCCUCCAGUCCGACCCUACGCUUGCUGCCGGCCUCCUUCGCAUGCAUUUCCACGACUGCUUCAUUCAGGGAUGCGAUGGGUCGGUGUUGCUAGAUUCGACCAAGGACAACACCGCAGAGAAAGACUCGCCCGCGAACUUAAGCUUGAGAGGGUACGAAGUGAUCGACGAUGCGAAGGAGCAGAUCGAAGAGCAAUGCCCGGGCGUCGUCUCCUGCGCCGAUAUCUUGGCCAUGGCCGCCAGAGAUGCUGUGUUCUGGGCGGGAGGUCCAAGAUACGAAAUACCGAAAGGGAGGAAGGACGGAGCGAGAUCGAGGAUAGAGGACACCAUCAACCUCCCGUCUCCCACCUUCAACGCCUCCGAACUCAUUCGCAUGUUCGGCCAGCACGGCUUCUCCGCCCAAGAGAUGGUCGCUCUGUCCGGUGGACACACGUUGGGAGUGGCAAGGUGCUCGUCGUUCAAGCAAAGGCUGAGCAACUCCGACCCGACCCUCGACUCCAGCUUCGCCAAGACGCUGUCCAAGACGUGCAGCGCCGGGGACAACGCAGAGCAGCCCUUCGACGCCACGCGGAACACCUUCGACGGCGCCUACUACUACGGCCUUGUCAACAAGGUGGGCGUGCUGACGUCGGACCAGACCCUGUUCGCCAGCGCCCGGACCAAAGGGAUUGUGAACGGGUACGCCAUGAACCAGGCCAUGUUCUUCUUCGACUUCCAGCAGGCCAUGCUCAAGAUGAGCCUGCUCGACGUCAAGGAAGGCUCCGCCGGCCAGGUCCGUCUCAAUUGUCGCAAGAUCAACUGAUCCGUCCCUCAUUCCUGGGGAGCCUCUGAAUUUUGCCCGGAGAUAUGUACGACGGACAUGACUUGCUCAUCAUAUGUAACAUCUGCACUAGUUCAUGUUGCCACAUACAUGGCUGUAACUUUUUCUGUAAGAUCAUGUAUUGUUGUGUGUCACAAAUGAUACGAAUAUGGGUGCUUGUCAGUUUGUUUUUUGUGUAAUUAAGGAAAUAAAAUGAUGUCUAGUGGGAGAUUAGACUAUGAACACGAAUGCUUGUCAA